GCGUAAGCCAAUCAUUUAAACCAAACAAAAGCCCUCGGAAGUGUCGCGUGUGUUUUUUAUUCGGGAAAGAGAAACUGAAGAUUAAGUUUGAAAAUGUUACCAAACAAAGCGCUGACAGAAGGACGAUUUAAACCGCGCCAGUAUCGUCGGAUUUAUUAGCUUUGAAGUCUUUGAUAGAUCGAUUCUUUAUUUGGCUGUGUAGGACAGUUCUGAGAUUUUUCUGUAUUGUAACGCUGCAAAUGAAAUUGGCAGGUUUCAACUGUCUCUGAUUGAUGGAGAAUUAAGUCUCUACAGGCGUUGUUCGUGUUUACUUUCACAACACUGCUGCUGUACCUUUAGUGUAUUUCUGUUCGAGCCCGAUUGUUGCUCAUAACCGAAUGAUCGGAUAGCUCAGUUAAUUAUAAAGGAAAGGAGCUCGUCCAGAAUGACUCUGGCAGUGUUUUUUGGCUGUGCUUUCAUAGCGUUUGGUCCAGCUUUCGCCCUGUUUGUUUUUACUAUCGCCAAAGAUCCAUUAAGAGUCAUCAUUCUGAUCGCAGGGGCGUUUUUUUGGCUGCUGUCUCUGUUGCUGUCCUCUCUGGUGUGGUUCAUCGCUGUGAAGGCUAGCAACGGGUCACAGGAUCCCACCCUGCCGAGGGCCCUGCUGAUUUUUGGAGUUUUCUUUUCGGUCUUGCUCCAGGAAGUGUUUCGUUUUGCCUACUACAGACUGCUCCGGAAGGCCAACGAGGGUCUGGCAGCCAUCAGUGAUGACGACGGUUUGGCCAUUUCAGUCCGGCAGAUGGCUUAUGUGGCUGGACUGGGCUUUGGCAUCAUGAGUGGUGCGUUCUCCAUGAUCAACAUCCUGUCUGACUCUCUGGGUCCCGGGACGGUCGGCAUCUAUGGAGACUCACAGUAUUACUUCAUUACAGCAGCACUGAUGACUCUGGCGCUGACGCUGCUGCACACAUUUUGGGGUGUGGUGUUCUUCGAGGGCUGUGAGAAGAGCCGCUGGUGGGUCAUCGCUGCUGUCGUCUGUCUCCACUUGUUAGUCGCUGGCCUGUCGCUGUUGAACCCGCUGUAUGAAGGCAGUCUGCCUCCUGUGUACGUCAUUACGCUGCUGAUGGCCGUCUGGGCCUUCUUCUCAUCUGGAGGAUCACUAAACAACCUUAAUGCACUCUGCACACGCAGGAAAGCUGAAGGGGAAUCUUCAUAAGAUGGUUUUUGUCACACAGUACCCAGUGAGAUCCAGGAUGAGAGAACGGCUGAGUCUGCUGCUUGACUGAAUGGCAGCGGUUUGUGAAAGAGCAUAUCUACCAGCUCCAAACCCUGAGGGGAUCCAGACACGUCCCCUCCAGCAUCAGUGAUCUCAGACGUGCCACGAGACUCUCACACAAACACUGUAAAUAGCUUGAUCUGAAUGCAAAUCAAUAAGACAGAUCUUUAAUAUUAUUUUGUUUUAAAAGCAACAUUCUCUGGCUCUUCAUGUGAAUGUUUGUGGUUUUGAGUUUUCUUCCUCGAUGUCCUUUACAUUUUGAAUGAAGCCUUAUUGUAGAGCCACUGUUAGGGGGAGAAAGUGAUCAAACAGCACCUCUUCACCCUCUUUCACUCAUGUAAUCAUUAUUAUUAUUAUUAUUAUUAUUAUUAUUAUUAUUAGUCAAGAGCAUUUCCAUUUACUGGCAUUGAAGGCUUUUCAUAUUUGUACUGUACAUUCUGGAACAUAUUUCUUUGUUGUGACAAAUGAAUGCACAAUGAGAACAUUUAACUUUUACGCUGUUCUUAAACUGAACAAAUAUCUCAGUGUGUAAUUAUGCAGUUUUUGGACAGAUUGAUGCCUGGUCAUCAGUUUUAAAAAGUCAUUUUUUCAUCAGUGUUGAAGUCAUUUGGCUAACACUUUAUUUUACAGUGUCCAUGUUACCCGUUACAUGUACUUACUAUAGUAAUAACAGUAAAUUAUGCAUAAUUACAUGCAGUUAACCCAAUAUAGUAAGUACAUGUUGUUAAUUAAUAUUACUCGGUACCUACAGUAACAAAGACACAUUAAAAUAAAGUGUAACCAUUUUUCAUCAAUGUACAAUUAAAGUAAUUGGGUAACACUUUAUUUUGGUGUCCUUGUUGCACGUGUUACAUGUACUUACUAUAGUAAUAAUAGUAAAUUAUGCAUAAUUACAUGCAACUAACCCUAAAGUAAGUACAUGUUAAUUAAUAUCACUCAAUAACUACAGUAAUAUGGACACAUUAAAACAAAGUGUAACCAUCAUUUGUUUGUAGCCUAGUAUACAGUGGGAAGAACAAAGCAGCUAAACUUCAUUUUCAUUAUAUUUCUGACAAUUGAAUGCAUACUUUACAUGCGUGGACAGGAAGCAAUAUCUGGAUAUUCCAGAGUCUUUUCUGUUCAUUAAUAAGCGCUUCAGAAGUGGUGCUGGACCGUGUUGUCAUCGUGUGGAGGACAGUUGAAGUUAUCUGAGACUUAGAUGUAGAUUUCACACUUGUCAUCUCAGUGACUUGACACUAACACAGCUUUAAUUCCUCACCCAGCACACUAACAUCACAGCUUUUACUUACACAUCAGCGGUUUUCCAGCCUUAAAGCACAUUCAGUACACUCAUUGUGGCGCGUCUCACACACACGCACACAGGAAGCUGCAGCAUUCAGUUCGUUUCUCUAGAUGCUGCAGCUCCUUCUUUCCAGUAUGCGUUUGAACUUGUUGCUUAUCAAACACGAUCAGCAUACGUUGCCUUCAGUAACCACCAACAUUCGCUGUGCUUCUGUAUGUAAAUGUAUUGCUUUGUGUACUCAUCCUCUGUGUCUGUAUGCAAGUGGUUUCUGGUCUAUAUUUGGCAUCCUGUGUUAAGAACUGUGCAGAUGGAGCUCUCUUCAUGGUCUGUUCUGUAUAUUGGACACAAUAACUUGGUGCUUUCCUGAAUUUCAAUUAUAAAAGGACUUCUUGUAAUUAUGUAACAUUUUAAUGCUGCUUUAUAAAGUUUCUAAGAAUAUGAUGUGCCAAACAGGGAAUCUGAUUGCUGUUCAAAUUGAUUUGGGAAAAAAAAAAGAUUAAAAAGACCCUGUUAAUCA